GUUUGCCGCUUUUGGCGAACGCUUCAAGUUCUCGAAGAAAAAUUUCCAUUUUAAAUUACGAACUGUGUUCUAAUAAACUAAAAUAUUCACCCAAAUUGAUCUCCACCAAAUAUUGACCAUGCAAAACGUAAACAAUCCAUCAAUACAUAUACAAGCGGAAAACCAUCUGUCAAAAUCGGAGCCCAGGGGGGGGAUCGCCAAAAGCGCUAUAACUACACCUCAUUAUACAUUCCACCUUGGUCAAGUUAUAAGCCCGUUUUGACAGCUAGGUGGAAGAAGAAUCGACGAAGAAAACUGACAGUUAGUUUUCCGCUUUUGGCGAACGCUUCAAGUUCUCGAAGAAAAAUUUCCAUUUUAAAUUACGAACUGUGUUCUAAUAAACUAAAAUAUUCACCCAAAUUGAUCUCCACCAAAUAUUGACCAUGCAAAACGUAAACAAUCCAUCAAUACAUAUACAAGCGGAAAACCAUCUGUCAAAAUCGGAGCCCAGGGGGGGGAUCGCCAAAAGCGCUAUAACUACACCUCAUUAUACAUUCCACCUUGUGUGGCACGUAAUGAUUUCUUCUUUAUUAGCUGUCAGAGCUCGGUGUGAUUUUGAAAGCUGUUCCAGACUAGUCCACGUUUUCAUUGUAACUCCGCAAUGUCUAAUACCAAAUAUGUUAAUUUUGCUAGAAGAAACAAGUGUAAUGUGUUCAAAGUUAAUAAUAAUCGCAUUUCAAAACAUGAUGCCAUCGGUGAUGCGAAUGAAAAAUGUUUUCCUCACAAAACGAAAUCGAAACGCUCUAUAAUGCAUAUUACAGUUACGGAAGAGGAAGAGGAAAUCCAAAUGCUGCAUAGACGCUACAAUGACAAAUUCUCAGUUUCUAAAGUUAUUGAAACGUUCCAAGAUUUUCCGCUCUCAAAGAAAACCUUAGCUGGAUUAGCCGAAGCAGAUUUCACUAGACCCACCGUCAUUCAACGGGAAUCUAUAUUGCCUGCUAUAUUCGGUAAAGAUAUUCUCGCGGCAGCGAAAACGGGUAGUGGAAAGACAUUAGCUUUUAUCAUCCCUAUCCUCGAACGAUUAUUCGUGGAGAAAUGGACCCGCAUGGAUGGUUUAGGAGCUCUCAUAAUAACACCAACACGUGAACUGGCUGUACAGAUUUACGAAACUAUGACACAGGUCGGACGGCAUCACGAUUUUACCAUUGGUCUUCUUAUUGGAGGUCAAAAUCUCAAAUACGAGCGAAAUCGCCUGCACAAUCUGAACAUAAUAAUCGGCACUCCCGGUCGUCUGUUACAACAUAUGGAUCAAAAUCCUUUAUUUGAUACAACAAACUUGAAAAUAUUGGUACUGGAUGAAGCUGACAGAUGCUUGGAUAUGGGAUUCUCGGCUACAAUGGAUUCCAUCAUCGAAAAUCUUCCAGAAGUACGACAAACUGUAUUGUUUUCUGCAACACAAACGAAUUCUGUUCGUGAUUUAGCCAGAGUGAAACUAGUGAACCCUGUUCAAAUUGCUCCACACGAGCAUGAACAAAUCGCCACACCGGCGAAAUUACAGCAAAGCUACGUUGUAGUUGAUCUUGCUAACAAACUGACCAUGCUUUGGUCAUUCCUGCAAACCCAUCCUAAACAAAAAGUUAUAGUAUUUUUUUCCACUUGCAAACAGGUGAAAUAUUUCUACCAGGUAUUUAAGAAGCUUCGUCCGACCUCUUUACUGUUACCAUUGUAUGGGGGAAUGAACCAAGAAAAGCGUAACAAAAUAUAUGGUGAUUUUUGCAAAAAGAAAACAAAUGUAUGCUUGUUAGCCACAGAUGUAGCAUCGCGUGGGCUGGACUUCCCUAAGGUUAACUGGGUGGUUCAAAUUGAUUGCCCCGAAGACGUUGCCCAGUACAUACAUAGAGCCGGACGAACUGCAAGGUUGAAUACAAGUGGUGAAAAUUUACUCGUUUUGCUCCCGCACGAGGUAGAUCCAAUGUUAGAUUCUCUAGAAAAGAACAAAAUACCUAUUAAGCAGAUUAAAAUUGAUGAACGUCAGUUAUUUUCACCACUGCUGAAAAUCCAAUCACUGCUUGCCCAAUCCCCAGAAUUAAAAGAGAGUGCAAAACGAGCUUUUGUUGCAUACAUCAAAUCAAUAGCCCUGAUGAAGAAUAAGGAAGUGUUUCAAUUGCACAAUUUAAAUUUAGAUGAGUUUGCAAACUCUUUAGGAUUGAGUAACACUCCGCGUGUACGUUUUGUUUCUCGUACGUUGGAAAGGAAACGAAGUAAAAUCUUAAAUACUUCCGAUUCUGAAAGUAAAAUCAAAAUUACUGGCAUCGAAACUAAGGAUAGCAGCGAUGAAGAACAAGAUCUGGAUGAUUUUCUACGAAUUAAACACAUUCAUAAUAGUUCACAUUGCUUUGCAUCGGAUGAUCUACAGGCUUCCAAUGUUACUACUGAAUCAGAAGAUGUAAAAAAGAUACAAAAAAAACGAAUAUCUAAGGUCAAGCUAGUAAAGAAGUCCCUACAUAUGAGUAAACGAAUCGUGUUUGAUGAAGAUGGUGCCCCGGUUAAUACAAACGGUGAGCAAUCGAACAAGUUCUACGAUUUGAAAGAUGCACGGUUUAGACUAGAACAACAAGAUGCGGAUGAUAAAAAGCGUUAUAAAGCAUUAAAGAAAGCAAAAAGAAUGAUUAUAAAAGAAAAGGAACGUAAAAGGCAAGUUGACGAUUCUUGUGUUCUGGCUGAUGAUUUUGGCAGCGAAAGCGAAAAUAGCGUUUCACUUGAUUGGCUUCCUGAUCCGGAUAAAGUGUAUGGAAAAAGAAAUCAUAAUGGAAAACAAGUAGAUUAUAAACACGCUUCAGGAAGCUAUGAUUUUAAAGAUACAGUCAAAAGAAUACGUGUACUUCAAAAUGCUCAAGCAUUGUCCUUAAAUGAUACAGAACAACUGGCCAUUAAUUUGCUAAAAUAGUAUUUCCGACGAUCGUGUCAAAUCAGAACAUAAUAGUGGUCUCUCCAACAACGAAGUAAAAAAAUACAAGUAUGCAACGGAAUGUUGAUUCAAUGAUCUUUUGUUUUUCUUUUUUGUAAAUGGUGUGUGUCUUACAAAUAUGUUUCAAUAGUAGUGGGUAAUUUAUAGUUGAUAACAUCGUUUCUGAACUAAUAAACAUUUAACAGAUUAUA